ACCACCCCCCGCUUCCUCCGUUUAAGACCCGGGCCGGCGGGGCGAGAGCGGAGGAGAGCGGCCGCUCCGCAGCUGCCGGCCCCAUUUCGGCGGCGGGGCGGGCGCUGGAUGAGCCGCCGACGGGAGGCGGCCGGCAGCCGAGCGGGUCCGAUCGCGGCGCGAUGAGCGCGGGCGGCAGCGGCUCGGCGGGCACCGCCACCUCCGCGCUGUGCCUGCUCCUGUCGCUCACCGCCGUGGCCGUGUGUCUGCUGCUGGGCGCUAAGACCGCCGAGCUGCAGGGCCGCCUGGCCGCCCUGGAGGAGCGCGGUGCCGCCGGCCCCGGGCCGCUGCUGGACGCGCUGCAGCCCCGCGUGGAGCAGCUCCUGCGCGAGAAGCUGGGCGAAGGACUCGCGAAGCUGCGGACGGUGAGAGAGGCUCCGUCAGACUGCAUGUGCCCACCAGGCCCUCCAGGGAGACGAGGGAAGCCUGGACGGCGUGGAGAGCCUGGACCUGCAGGGCAGUCAGGACGCGAUGGUUACCCGGGUCCCCUUGGUUUGGAUGGCAAACCAGGGCCUCCAGGACCAAAAGGGGAAAAGGGUGAAGCAGGGGACAUCGGCCCGAGGAUGGUUUUCCCUCGCCUCAAUCAUGGAUUUCUGGCUAACGAUCAGGUUGUCUUUAGCCGCCGCCUGCUCAAGGGUGAUCAAGGUCGAGAUGGAGCCAUUGGCCCUCCUGGUCCACCAGGACCCCCAGGUGCCCGGGGGCCUCCUGGUGACACAGGAAAGGAUGGCCCAAGAGGACCUCAAGGCCCCCCUGGUCUUAAAGGCGAGCCAGGGGAGGACGGCCUUGUGGGUGCCAGGGGACCCCCGGGGCCAAAGGGCGAGCCCGGCGUGCAAGGGAAGAAGGGUGAUGAUGGCAUCCCAGGGGAACCGGGACUUUCGGGCUCUAAGGGAGAAAAAGGAAGCACAGGCCUGAAGGGAGAGAAUGGCACGGAUGGCGCACCAGGACCCAAGGGUGAACCUGGUGAGAAGGGAGGAGUCGGCUCCAUCGGACCCCGGGGUCCCCCUGGCCUGAAAGGGGAACAGGGUGACACAGUGGUGAUCGACUACGACGGCCGCAUCCUGGAUGCACUCAAGGCUGCAGGGAGACACAAAGUGGUGGGCUCACCAGGUCCCCCAGGGCCGCCGGGCCCACAGGGCGCUCCAGGCCCCAAGGGAGAGCUGGGCCUGCCAGGUCCACCUGGGCUGGAUGGAGAAAAGGGUCCCAAAGGAGCAAAGGGUGACCAAGGCAGUUCAGGGAUCACAGGACCGAAAGGAGAGACAGGAGAAAUGGGCUUAUCAGGUCCACCGGGAGCAGAUGGGCCAAAAGGAGACAAAGGAGACACUGGAUCACCGUGUUUGCAGAACAACCACAUCAUCCCGGAGCCAGGACCGCCCGGACUGCCCGGCCCCAUGGGUCCUCCAGGAAUCCAGGGGCCUAAAGGUUUGGAUGGUGCAAAGGGAGAAAAAGGUGACAGCGGUGAGAAGGGGGAGCACGGCGACACGGGCCCAGCUGGUCUCCCUGGUGCUCCAGGGCUCAUUGGCUUACCCGGUACCAAAGGAGAAAAGGGAAAGCCGGGAGAGCCAGGACUAGAUGGUUUCCCAGGUCUCAGAGGAGAAAAGGGAGAGAAGAGCGAAAGAGGAGAGAAGGGUGAGCGAGGGAUACCAGGGAGAAAAGGAGCCAAAGGGCAGAAGGGGGAACCCGGCCCUCCCGGACUGGACCAACCCUGCCCUGUGGGACCAGACGGACUGCCAGUAGCAGGAUGUUGGCACAAGGUACAGUGAGAUUAAUGGUAGUAGUUCCUUGCAUGGGCCCUGAGGAGCUGUGUUAGGUGCUGUGCCCCAGCAGUGGGCUGUGUGCCUGCCCAGCAGUGCUGUGCCUUAUGAGAGCAGUGCCCUGCCUGCCUCCAUGCCCUGCUCCCCACUGCACAGCUGCUAGGAACACCACGCCAAAACCUUGCUAAGGCUGGAAAAGCCACCAACUGAUAGCAAGCAUGUUACUAACUGGUUGCAAACCCUCAUGAUGCAAGCAUGCCCUUAGCAUGUUUAAUCCGGUACCAAAUCAUUUGGAGGUACUGUUAAUAUGGAAAAAAAUCUGACUAUCAGUCUUGAUAUUCACAAGAUUAGUAAUGGAGCAUUUGUCUCUGACUGAAGUGUUUGUCUGUGUGUUCUUUUGCAGUGAUCUCUAAGCAUGAAGCGCAGCGUGUAAAUAAUGUGAUAUAUUUUGAUCUUUUUUUAAAUUUUUGUAUAAAAAAAGGAAGAAAAACAACCCUUCGACAGUAAUAUAUUGACCUUUUUUUAUACUGGAUCCUGUCAUUUAUGGACUUUGAAAAUACUGUAAAGCUCUCAAACCCAUAAGAUACACAUGAUAACAUCAAGAGUUGAUAAAGGUUCUGAUGACACUUGCUGGGAAUGACCAGAACUCACUGCUAAUGCUGCUGUGUGAACUAACAGCACUGAGACAGUGCGCUGCUCUGUGUGCCUUACCGGAUCCCUGUCCUAACCUGGCUCUCGACUCUAUUUGCAUUGCACGUGUGUGCUCAAAGAGUGAAAAAAACUGGCAGAAAACAAAAAAGAAAAAGAGGAUGCAGCCCUAAGGAUGGGAGAAGCUGCUGUAUGCCGUCUGGUCAAAGGAAAGGACUUCAAACCUGCAGAGGAAACAAAGCCAAGCUCCCUUUGUUGCUUUGGAAAAUGUAACCUGGACUGCCUGUGGGUGUUUUGGCUACUAUCAGAUAACCUUUGAUCUCAAGAGGAAGCACCUCUGGGUCCUGUUCUGCUGUCUGCAGCUGAAGAUGUACCAGCUCUUUCUUAAAGCAGCACCUAAAUUCUUUAAGAAACCUCGACUGCAAAACUUCAAAACAAAAGCACUGCAAAAUGCUUUCAGAAUGGAUGGCUGUUGUGGGGCAGGGAGGGACUCUGCUGAAGUCUUCCAUUACGCAGCAGAGUGUAUACUGGUGCUACUGAGGUUCCCAAAACUUGGAGUUCGGAGUAUUUGUCUUGGUCUGUAGGAUUCACUUGCAUUUGAUUUCCUUGUGUUUAUGUGGUUUGAUUGUGAUCUGUGUAGCUCUGCACGCUCCUCUUGUCCUUCUUUAACUUAUCUCAGGCACAUCCAUGCAGAGCAGGGUAAUGAAUCAAAGGAUGGUUAGGAUUUCUAUUACACAUUGCAUUAGUGAGAGGAAUUUAAAAAGGAACGUAUUGCAAACAUCUUACAAGUCACAUUUCUGAAGAUCUUGGAAAAACAGGGAUUGAUUGAGCAGUAAAAAGAAAUGAAAAAUUAUUUUGCAGGGAACACAAUGGCUUACAGCCGGGUCUGUUCAGCUUACAAUGAAGACCAAGAGGCAAUCAGAUUCCUUUUACAAGGAGGAGAUACUUUAUAGCAUUAAGUUCUUAAACUGAACAGAGAAAGAUGUACAAAGAUGUAUCCAAUGGCUGAAAUAGAAGCUAUGUAAAAUCACAUAAAACAAGCCACAGCUUUUUAAUGGUGAGUCUGGCUAAUCCUAACCAGAGCAGUGAUGGAAUGAAUCCCCGUGGCUUUAACGCCUUUCUGAUUGCACGGAUGGUUUCUGAAGGAAAUACCUUAGCCCAAUAGAAGUUGCUAGGCUCUGUUUAUGAGGCCGAAGUGAAAUUAAGAGCCUGGUUUUUGUGCUGAUAAACCAGUUGAUACAAGGAGUCAUUUUUGAUGCACUGAGUAGAUCUGAACCUGUGAGGAGGUUCCUUUGCAUCUCAGGGCAGCUGGUGCUGCAGGACCAGUGGGAGGAGAUGUGACUGGUGGCUCCAGGGGGAACAUGCCCUGUGCAGCUCCAUCCUAGUGUAAUAGUAGCCCUGGUGUUGUGAAUAGCAGCAGCAAUGUGCUCGGUGCUCCACACAGACAGGGUGAGGUUUCUGAUGUCUGGUGACUGUGUCCUAGCUGGUCUUGAGCUUAUUUGUCAUCUGCUGUUAAAUGCUGAAUUGGACGUUGGCUUGGUCAGCGCAGACACAAAAGAUGUACAGAUGUAGGCAGUAAUCCUCCAUUAUCUAGCUUUGUUCACUGCCUAGGGCCUAUACCUACACACUGAUUGCUUUGUGGCUAUAUUUCACAUCUUUACCAAUGAGUUACUGACCAGAUUUUUGGUCUCUGUACAGAUUAAAUCAAUUCAGAUCAACUAACAAAUCAAGAAACAAGAAUUGUGUAACUCAAACAGCAAUGAAAAUGCAUUUUAUUUACUUCCAUUUCAUGACGUUAGCUACCACUUUUGGUGUGAGGGUUUUUAAAGGUGAAAGGAGCUGCUGAAAGAGCUCCCGCUGGCUUUUAAUGCUUUUGAAAAACCCCUUUGCUGUCCCAAAUUAAAGCUAAUUCUUCUGUGGAAGGUCGAAGGCAAAUCUCUCAUUGAUGUCACUGGGAAGAAGAUCUGUAAUUGUUCCCUUAAUGUACAGUUACUCUUCCCGUCUCCCCCAGUCAUUUCCAAACUAAAGCAGUUCACUACUCCAAACCACACCGUGGGCUUCUACACUUGGUAUCCUGCAGAUGUCCUGUUCAUGGAACCUCUAUCGAUAUCAAUGAGAGUUCAAGUCCCCAGAAUGACUGCAGAAAGCACAAGAAUCUGGAAGUGUCCACAAACAAUCUACAAUGCAGAUAGAAAAGUCUUGUUUUACAUAUGCUGGCAAAAACUAAACAGCUUUCUAUCUAGCUCCUACUCAAAGAAGUUUGAUAUCACUGAAGCUACAAGACAAGCUAACCUCCAAAGCUUAUGAAAUUAUAUUAAAAUUUAUAUUUUCUCUGAGGAAAUACCCCCGAAGUCCUAUUAUCUUCAGGUAAACAAGUCAGUAUUCCGUCUUCAACUUGUGGAAUAUCCAGUGCUUGUAGGCAUCAACUGUGACCACUGCCAGGCCUGCAAAACAUUGAUACAGAAUACCAGAACAGUGCUUUACCUAUUGCUCUAACCGCUGUGCGUGGUAGCCUUCCCCCUCCCAACACAGAGCCUGGUGCCACAGAACCCCACACCAUUUGCUUUCAGCAGAGCAGGAGAGCUCUUUUAAAGCCACAGAACUUCUUCACCGGGGUUUUUCCUCCCCGUCCCCUCGUAACGUUCCCGUGCCAGCCCAGGAGCGAGGCUGGAAGCAGGCAUUGUGGUGUGGGGCUGUGGCUGAUUGAUACCCAUCAGUGCUGCCACCUCGGCUGACGGACAUUGCAGAGGUAACGUUUGAAAAUCCCCAUGUUAAGGCCCUUUGCUGGGUUUACGCUGUACACUGGGUGUGGUGCAUCCUGCACCACAGGUCCAUGUAUGCACUAGCGGCAGGUAUGGUGUGUUCAGGAUAGAUCAGAUACACUGUGUGUGUCUAGACCAGCAGCCUGUGCAAAGCAGCCUCUCUGUUCUGCUGCUGCUUUCAUUCCCAUGGGAAGUGCUGGCAGGGACAGGUCCUGCAGUACGUGGCACGUGUCCUCAGCAGCUGUAAUAGACCAGCAGGGUGUCAGUUACAGGUCUGCUGGUCCCAGGCAGUCCCUACCAUCACCAAAGCAGCUGAAACCCGUGGCAAGCAGAGCUCCAGGUUCAAAUAGAUCCCCAGGCACAAAUACUGCCAGACUGCAGUUGUAACCUGCUUUCCUGGUCCUCCAUAGGGACCACUGUGCUUAGCCUGUGCAUUCUGAGCUCAGUGUUUCUCAUCCAUGGUGCAGCACAAACUGGAAAACUAUAUUAAAAUAGCUGUUCACUUUGCACUGACUGCACAGUCUAAGAGGAAAUGUAUUUAGAUCCACGUGCUUCCCACACACAUGUAUUAAGGGGAGGUUGUUAAAUGAAAAGUUGUUUCACAGCAGUCAUGAUCUUAAUGGGAAGAGUUAAAUAAGGAUGUGCUUUGCUCAGCAGAUUCGUGCCAGAUCAGUUGAUUAUUUUCUCCUUCCAUAUGAAAAUGUUUAUGUAGGUCCUUAUAGAGCAUGGAAUAUGCAAACAGCUCACAAAGAUAAGUGUUACUUCUGGGCAGUGUUGGCAUUCUCAGUCGGAACUCAGGAAUGAUCCCAGCCUCUCACUGAGCACAGUGCGUUCCUGCCCCAGGGAUUCUCCCUUUAUUCUGGCUUGAGAGAACGUGAGAGUGUUUGACAGGAAUUCUGAACUGCAGCUCAGUGUUGCCACUAGAUGUCAGCAGCAAUAAAGAUGAUUGACGCGAUGAAAUGUAGGUCACUGUGACUGAGCAAUUGAUCCAUCGCAAUCAGUACAGUGGUUGAUGUGUGAGCUUUGUGGAUUCAUCAGUGAACAAAUAUUUGGGUUAAAAGGCUUAGGUUCUGUCUUGGGGGAAAUUAAGCCAAGCCAAACUCAUUGUUUAUCCCAGUUCUCUAGUUUACAGAUGACAUUCAGUGAUCUGAUGUAACAGACUACAUAAGCGUGGUGAUUCCCAUUAGGCCCAGAUAGCGCUGCCUGCCUGCUCCCAGGAACAGGACAAGCAGCUACAAGGUCUGUCUGUGUUCCAGGAACGGUGUUGCUGUGAGUGUGGCCAAGUGCCCAGAGCUCAGCUGUGUGUGUAUUUUGGUGGCCAAAAAUGCCCGUGUUUAUAGGUCCGGCCUGGUGCCAGGAGUAUUGUGGCAGCUCCAGAAGGGCACUUGCCAUGGUGUGGGCCUGAGUGGUGGGGGCAGGUGGGUUAAUUACAGCUCUGCCGCUGGCCUAAUUGCAGGCUGGGCUGGUUAGUUCACCAGUAUUUCUCUGGGCUGUGAAACAGGUGGUAGAUAAAAUCCAGUCUGACUCCAAACUGAAACUGUUUCCAAGACCUAAUGCACAGGGAUUUGAGCUAAAGAUGGGGGAAAAAAGCAAUAUACUUUGUUUUAUUUCCAUGGGGAAGACUUGUUGCAUACUCUGCUUCUAAUCCUUGCUGUACAUUUAAUGGCAAUGAAUUUCUUUUUGUACAGAUUUUUCUCCUGCAUAUUUAAAAACAGGAAAGUUUCUUAGGAUGAUAACAGGCUUCCUAAUGUGUUUUCUUUUUAAAGAUCCUAAAGUACUAAACUGAGCUUUUGUUUAAAUCUCCUGUCAUGUCAUGCACUCUGCAUUUGAAAUUAACAAGCCAGCCAGGUUUCAAUGGCUCAAAGCAGCCUCUGCAAUGAUGACAUGUAUUCCAUGCAGAAUGGCAUGGCAUGCCAGGCAGGCGUUUCUGAUGCUUAUAGUGACCCAGUGCCCAGGAAGCGUGUUUGUUUAUGAGCGUUCAAGUAGGACAGCCAGUCUGGGGGCCAGAAUGAGAGAACUCAGCCAGCUGUAACUCCUCGCUUAACUGCAGUGCUAAAAUGCCAGGAAAAUCUCAGAUUUACUGUAAUGCUAAGUAGCCAUCCUUGCUCUCAGUGUGUGUCCUGUGUAAAUUCACCAUAAAGGCUUGUUAGAGCACGGCUUUCCUGGGCAUUGAAUGCUGAUUUCAUGCUGCCCUCUAGAGGCCACCUUGUUUGAACAGAAACAAAUUCAGUGUUCGAUGGGAAAUUAUCCCUACCCCAAAAACAGCAGCACUGCUCCGCACAGUCUGCAUAUGUGGGCACAGACACACCUCUGCCAGGUGAGGUUUGAAUCAAUCACUGCAAAACAGGAGCGCUUAGACACAAACUUCCAUCUGUUUCCCGAUUCUUAUAUUUCUUCUUGGGAAACACAGUUGUAUUCUUUGUAACCCAAUUGUUGCCCAGAUAAUUAAUUUGAAGCAUUAUACAAAUAAAAGGAGGUUGCCAGCCAAGUUUCCAUUCUAAAAUUUUCAACUGAAAGCUCUGAAUUAUCUUCCUUACAGACAAUAGAUUUUUAUGAAUAUAUGUAAAAAUACUAGUAAUGACUCAUGAUUAAAAAUAAAGCAUCCCCAGGCUGCUUUUCAUGGAUUAAUACUGUGUAUAUAUGUGGUGAUCUGGGAUAGGUUUGGGUCUGACCUACACCAGCACAGCCAGGCACAGAUUUGGUCCCACCAUCCUCAGGGUGUCCCGUGGUGCAGGAAGGGCCCUGUGACUGUACUUGGCCUCAUUGCAGGCCCUCAGACUCAUUGUGUGCUUGCUGGUGUGUUUGGUAGCACAGCCAGGCUUAACCAGGUAGACUGUCAAGUGAGAUAAGUAUUUGGAUAAGAUUUGAAGAGGCCUAUGACAAUCAAUAUGGCAUAUGCUGAGCUCAGUAACCUUAUAGGACAACAUCUAGGCUUGUUCAUAACAGCUGAGGGGAAAAAAAUGACAUACUGAAGCAAACCAGUGAGUGUGUAGUCUGUACCUGUGAACUUAACAUUACUUCUAGCGUUCUCGUGUUCCCGAGUGAACCACUGCAGCCUUCCCAUGCUUCACUCAUUAGAUGGCACACCAGAAGGGUCUGACUGUUGUGUAAGCUGCAGCUACAGCAAGUGCUGAAAACCUGACACUUGGAAAUGAAUGGGAGAUGGCCUUGAUAGACCUUAGGACUCUAUAAUGCUGUAGAAGGCCUGGGGGAAAACCGCAGGGAAGCUGGGAAACAUGAGUUUUCAAUGCAUAAGUGGCAUUAGUGACAGCAGAGCAGAAUAAGAAAUACAUUAACAUUUGCGGUUUUCCUAUGUCCUAGGACAAUUAAUCCCUGCUCGCUAAGCUGUGGUAGCAGUUCUCAGUUGCUGUUUCAGGGAACAGACAUAGUGAACUUGUAUGUCCAUGUAUGGCUUCUUAUGUAACGUGGCUGUUAAUGGUGACUGAAAUGGCGAUGUCCCAGGUGUCUGAAAUACACCUCUGUGUAAAUGAAACCAGCAACACGUGGGUUUUUAUGUUCUUUGAAACAUAAUGUACAUUUAAUUUCUAAAAGUGCAUUUUACGUGAGUAUGAAGGGGAUGCUGAUCAAAUCUGCUUUUCUGCUGUGAACUGAAGGGAGGACCUGGUUGUGCAGGUACUCACUGAAUUUCUGCAUCAGGCAGAAGAGAUGGUAAGCUGCCGUUAGUUAGGAUGGGAGCUGGAGUCCUAUUGUGUUUGCUGGGCAGUUUCAUAGAUGGAAUGCCAUUGUAUAGACAGUUUCGCAACAUAGCAAUUCUUGCAUUGCUAUCUGGGAUUCUUUUUUGGUAUCUUACUGAAAACAAAAUGCUCAGUAUGAUGAAUAUUCAGCACAAAAUACCAGUCAGAACUGAAAGCCACAUUAAGUUGCUUUGGGCGUACAGACCUUUUAACACUGGUCUGUCCUCUAGCAUUGAGGUGCCAUUUCUGAAAGGAUGGAAUUAGAGAAACUGUAGCUGCUGGUAUGAAAACUGAAUUGAAAAUAUGACUUUAUUUAUAACACAGCUGUGAGAAAUGUAUGCAAUAUGAGUUUAAUCCUCUCCCAGGUUAUGCAAGCCUUAUUUAAUGGGAAGGGCUGCGUUGCUUCAGGGUGGCUGUUAAGAGCUGCCAGGCCUGUGUGCAGUACGUGUGUCCAUGCUGGGCACCCUGAGCAGUAAUUUGUGUGGCUGUAUUUACGUGGUGCAGCAUAUGAAGCUGAGUAAGCCUCUGUACAAUGUACCACUUUGAAAUAUAUAUAUAAAUACAUAUAAAUAGUAAAAACUAAAAAAAAAAAGUGCCUAACAUUUCUAUGCGUAACGUUUCUAUUUGCAGCACGAUGUAAUUUUUAAUUGUGUAUGCCAUGAAGAGUUCUAUUUACUCACUGCUUUGGGGAACAAGUGCUUAAAAAUGAAGGCAUUAAUGAUGGUAUUUUGUAUGCAUUGUUUUAACAUGUUAAAAUGGUUAUUAAUUAGUCCUGCAGUAUGUAUUUGUAGCUUAAAGCUGCAAUGGACGGCACGUCAGCUCGAGACCUCCAAAAACAUUUCCUUGUGCUUUCUGUACUAAAAGCAAAGAGUCAAUGGUUAGAAAUGGUCUCUCUGUACAGGUUGCUUUUAUGACUGUGUGAAUAUGUAUAAUGAACUCUGCAUUUGUAACCAAGAACAAGCAAACUGUAAAUGUUCCGGUUGUUAUUAUAAAUAGCUGCAAAGUAUCUUAACCAGACAAGAGUUCAAAUAAAGAUUAAUGGCCAUUA